UAUAUUUAUAGGUAUGUAUAUUUACAUAUAUACCCAUUUUUUUCUUUAUUCGUCCAGUGGUGGACACUUAGGUUGUAUCAGUCUUGGCUAUGGUGACUAAUGCUGCAGGAAUGUGGCGUUGCCGAUCUCUCUCUGGAUGGUCAUUUCAUUUCUGAAGGAAGCUAUUUUUAAAGAGUGUACUUCAUGUCACUGUGACUUGUCAUUGUAACUCCUGUGGUCUAACCCUAUGGGGAGCCCUCACUUGUCAUUUCAUGGUGGAGGAACAAGCAGAACCCACUGCAGACCUGCAGAACCAUAACUUAGAGUGGGGCCCUGAUCCCCAAGGAUCUACAUGGUUCUUAAAGCUAAACUGUUCCCUUCUGGGUCCUUCUCAGAUCAACUGAGGAGUUUUAAGAAAUGACAUCAGGUGCCCUUUUCCCCAUAGAGUGGGACAGCUGCUCUGGGUGGGGCAUCAUUGUUUACUGAGGUGCUCCAGGAGAUUAAAAGGUGAGCCCAGGGAUUAGCAGGAGGGUUCCAGGAUGCAUUUGUGAGAGUGGGGAGCAGACUUUGUUCACCAGAGGUAACGGUGCUCUGCUGGGCUUGGGGGUUAGGAGAGCAGCGCACAUUCUCACUGCUGUAGGAAUUUGUGCACCUCUAUGGGAGGAGAGACACAUGAAGACAGAAGAAAAAACCUCACAGCUUGGUCUCCACAUAGGAGCUCAUUGUUCCUGAAUCUUUCCUAUGACAAAGGACAGGAGAGGGUGGCCCUUUCAGCAUUUCCAGGUCUUUCUGACUAUCUGUGCUGGAAGCAGAUGAAGGGGCUGUGCUGAUGCUUCGAAGGCACAUUCUCGAGAUAUAGAUGUGACUCCUCAACGUAUCAUCACCUGAAAAAACAAUCCAGAGAGGAGCUGGACCAGGACGACAUGGCUACUUCUCAGGGACCACUGACCUUCAGGGAUGUGGCCAUAGAUUUCUCUCAGGAGGAGUGGGAAUGCCUGUGCCCAGCGCAGCGAACACUGUACGUGGAUGUGAUGUUGGAGAACUACAGCAACCUGGUCUCCCUGGGUCCUGCUGUCUCUAAGCCAGUCCAGGUCUCCUUUAUGGAGCAAAUGAAGGAGUCCUGGGAUGUGAAUGGAAAAAAGACAAUAUCCAUCCAUCCAGCUGUGUCAUCUGAAGACAAUCAGGCCUUGUUGCAAAAGCCAGGAAUAGAAGAUUUAUUCUCAAAAAUACUACUGAGAUCAUAUAAUGGCGACAGAAGUUAUCAGUGUAAUGAACACUGGAAAAACUUUAACCAAGAAUCAAAUCCUAAUAAACAUCAGAGAACUCAACUUCCAGAGAACCAUUUUACAGGUGGAAAAGCCUUUGACCAAAUGUCAAAUCAAAAUAGACAUCAGAUUAUUCAUAUUGUGGAGAAGAAGAAAAAACAAAGUAAAUGUGUCAAAACUUUUAGGCAAUCUUCAAAUCAUACUGAACAAGAGAAUAUUCAUGCCAGGGAGGAAGCUUACAAAUGUAAUCAGUGUGGGAGAGUCUUCAGUCAUAUAGUCAAUCUAAAUAGACAUAAGAAAAGCCACACUAGACGAAAACCUUACAAAUGUAAAGAAUGUGGUAAAACAUUUAAUUGGCCUUCAAGUCUUACUAUACAUCAGAUAAUUCAUACUGGGGAGAAGCCUUACAAAUGUAGAGAAUGUGGCAAAGUCUUUAGCCAGUCCUCAAACCUUACUGAACAUCAGAGAAUUCAUACUGGAGAAAAGCCCUAUAAAUGUAGAGAAUGUGGCAAAACCUUUAGCCAGCGCUCAGGACUUACUCAACAUCAGAGAAUGUAUACUGCAGAAAAGCUUUACAAAUGUGGACAGUGUGGCAAAGCCUUUAAUCACUCCUCAAAACUUAUUCAUCAUCAGAUCAUUCAUAGUGGAGAGAAACCUUACAGAUGUAUGGAGUGUGGAAAAGCCUUUUCUUGGCAUUCAUACCUUACUAAACAUCAGAUAAUUCAUUCUCAAGAGAAGCCUUACAAAUGUGGAGAAUGUGGGAAAGCCUUCAAAUGGCUUUCAUAUCUUACUGAACAUGAGAGAAGAGUUCAUACUGGGGAGAAACGAUACAAAUGCAUAGAGUGUGGUAGAGCCUUUAUCUACCACUCAACACUUAUUCACCAUCAGAAAACUCAUACUGAAGAGAAGCCUUACAAAUGUAGUGUAUGUGCCAAAGCCUUUAAACAACAGUGGUGUCUUACCCGCCAUGAGAGAAUUCAUAGUGGAGAGAAACCUUACAAAUGUAGAGAAUGUGGUAAAGCCUUUAGUGCUUCCUCAACUCUUACUGAACAUCAGAGAAUUCAUACUGGAGAGAAGCCUUAUAAAUGUAGAAAAUGUGCCAAAGCCUUUAAACAGCUGUGGUGUUUUACCCGACAUGUGAGAAUUCAUACUGGAGAGAAACCUUAUAAAUGUAGAGAAUGUGACAAAGCCUUUAGCUCUUCCUCAGCCCUUACUGAGCAUCGUAGAAUUCAUACUGGAGAGAAGCCUUAUAAAUGUAGGCAAUGUGACAAAGCCUUUACCCAGCGUUCAAAAUUUACUGUACAUCAGAGAGUUCAUACUGGAGAAACUUCUUACAGUUGUAAGGAGUAUGGUAAAGUCUUUGUGAGAAGGAAUCUCACUAGAUACCAGGUAAUUCAGUCUCGAGAGAAGCCUUACAGAUAUGGAGAAUGUCACAAAGCCGUUAAUGACCAUUGUCAUCUUACUCAACCUGAGAAAGUUCCUACUGCAGAGAAACCUUAUAAAUCUAGUGUAGGUACCAAAGCUUUUAAUCAGCAUGCAGGCCCCGCCCCCUGCACCUGCCUGCGCCUGCGCAGUUUCCCGCAGACCCGGAAGCUGAUCCGGAGCCCUGGAGGUCACGUCCCGUUGAGGGAUACUCAGUCUGUCUCCUUCACACCGGCGCUUGGUGGCUUCCGGGUCCGCAAACCUGCACAGCUCGGGAAACCCCUAGACAACUCUUCAGUUCUUCAUUCUAAAGCUAUGGCCCACGGUAUGGUGACGUUCUCAGAUGUGGCCAUCAACUUCUCUCAGGAGGAGUGGGCCUGCCUGGACUCGACGCAGAGGGACCUGUACUGGGAGGUGAUGUUGGAGAACUAUAGUAACUUGGUCUCACUGGACUUGGAGUCACCAUAUGAAACCAAGAAUUUACCUACAAAAAAGGGCAUUUGUGAGAAACGUUUUUCCAAAAGGAACUCAGCUGAGAAAAGGAAGCCCCUUGGCCUUGACUGGGUGUGCGAAGGUGAGUCGGAAGGAGCGCAGGGCCCUCCAGAGGGGAGUAUCAACCAAGUGAAAAUCAGCUCUGUGAGAAAGCCCGCUGGUCGCAGAAAUACCUCUGUGAGAUCACAUCAGAGACUUCAUAAUAGGGAGGAUUCCUAUGACUGUAAGGAAUGUGGGAAGGCCUUUAGUCGUGGCUACCAACUUGCUCAACAUCAGAAAAUUCACACUGGUGAGAAGCCCUAUGAGUGUAAAGAAUGUAAAAAGGCCUUUCGUUGGGGUAAUCAGCUUUCUCAGCAUCAGAAAAUUCACUCUGGUGAGAAACCUUACGAGUGUAAGUACUGUGGGAAGGCCUUUCGCUGGGGUUCGAGCCUCGUUAUCCACAGGAGGAUUCAUACGGGCGAGAAGCCGUACGAGUGUAAAGACUGUGGGAAGGCCUUUCGACGUGGGGACGAGCUCACUCAGCAUCAGAGGUUUCACACUGGUGAGAAAGACUAUGAAUGCAAAGACUGUGGGAAGACCUUCAGCCGCCUGUAUAAACUAAUUCAGCACAAGAGAAUUCACAGUGGCGAUAAGCCCUUUGAAUGUAAAGACUGUGGGAAGGCCUUUAUCUGUGGUUCGAGCCUUGCUCAACAUAAAAGAAUUCAUACGGGUGAGAAGCCCUUUGAAUGUCAAGAAUGUGGGAAGGCCUUUACGCGCGUAAAUUACCUUACUCAGCAUCAGAAAAUUCACACUGGUGAGAAGCCUCAUGAGUGCAAGGAGUGUGGGAAGGCCUUUCGUUGGGGUUCGAGCCUUGUUAAACACGAGAGAAUCCAUACUGGUGAAAAGCCAUAUAAAUGCACAGAAUGUGGGAAGGCCUUUAAUUGUAGCUAUCACCUUACGCAGCAUGAGAGAAUUCACACUGGUGAAACGCCUUAUAAAUGUAGGGAAUGCGGAAAGGCCUUUAUUUAUGGGUCAAGCCUCAUGAAACAUGAGAGAAUUCAUACAGGGGAAAAACCCUAUGACUGUAAAGAAUGUGGGAAAGCCUUUAGCCACAGUCAUCAACUUACACAGCAUGUGAAAACCCAUCAUGAGUGUAAGGACUGUGGAAAGGCCUGUGACUACGUGAACCAUUUAGAGGACCUGAGAAUUCACACUGCUGACAAACCUGAAUACAAAGAAUGUUCGGAGGCCUCUAAACAGCAUUCAUUUCUUUCACAUGAGGAAAAUUCAUGAUGUGAUUUAACAUAAACUGUUCGCUGGUCACUCCU